AUUCUAAUUCCUUUUUUUUUUUUUCUAAUUUGUGCAUCCCCCGUUCAAAAUGUCGUUUCUCGGCAAGGCGUCCUCAGUCGCGGCUUUUGCGAUCUUUGCCUGGUGGAUGUCACGCAUCCUGACCAUCUCCAUCCGCAUCUUCUAUCCAUCUACGCACAUCCCCUUUCUCAACCCACAGCCAGCUAUCCGCGACCUAGCCACCGUACACCCACUCGCCUGGCAAGAGCCCUUCGAGUACGAGGCCGCCAUGUACAUUACAACCAUGUCGACACUCACAGAGGACCCGCAGCUCUUCCUCUCUACAGCCCAGCGUAUCUGGCAUAUCCCGCCCCAGCCGCUCACCCGCCGGCAUCCCAAAUUCUCAGACCAGGUGAGGGUAGUUUUGCCUGAUGCCCUGAGGCAGCAGAACGGCACUGAAUUAUUUGCCUUUUUGUUUGUGCAAAGGGCCGGAGCGGUGUUCCCUGAUUUUGGCGACAAGAUGGCGGCUGUGGCUCGUACUACCCUGGUGAGCGUUCGGCCACGCAAGAUUAACCGCAAGCAUGCGCUCCUGGAAGGCAAUGAGUCCACAGUGGGGAAGGCAACAGAGGCAGAGGCGACGGAAGAGGCGGUGUGGGUGCCGCAUGGAAAGACGCGGGUGAGCUGGGAGAUUGUGCUGGAAGAUAACUGGUUUUACGACUGGGGAUUCCCUCUUGAUCUGGGUCCUUAUUUGCGCGUCAACCGGGUUCAGGACAGCCGCAGCGCGCCGUAUAUCCCUCUGCUCUGGGAAAACCCCCUAUCGAUUACUGCCGAAAACUGGUAUCCACUGACCAAUCAAUCUCACGUUUCCAAAGACUCACCUCUGGACGCCCUCGACUUGCAAAUAGAUCUGGCCCUGAGCGGUGUUGUGCUUGGGUGGUUCCGGCUGAGCAAUUAUGUCAGCCAGGGGCUUAAUGAGCUGACCUCCAGCCGCAGUCUAAUUCAGUACACGGAAACGGACGUCGACAAUCUGAAGCAAAUGGUCUACGGUGUCAACCCCAUGAUGUUGGCCAUCACAGUGUCGGCCAUGGCACUGCACAUUUUGUUUGAGUUCUUAGCGUACAAGGAGGACGUAUCGUUCUGGGCAGGGAAGACCGCUGCCGCCGAGGGGUUGGACGGUAUCUCGCGCUCUUCCAUGCUGAUGAGUCUGGCUAGUUCGUGGAUUAGCUUUAUGUACAUGUGGGAUCGGCGUAAGGAGACCAAUAUUGUGGUGCUCCUGGGCGCUGCCGCCGGGGCGCUAGUCGAGGCAUGGAAGGUUACAAAGGUGUUGAGCUUUAGGGAUCUGUUUACCAUUGGAAAGCGCAAGCCCGAGGUUGCAGAGGGCCCUGUUUCGGCCGAGAUGGAGAACCGCAAGAAGGUACAGAGGGAGGUCGACCAGCAGACUGCCUGGUACAUGAUAUUUGUGUGCCUGCCGGCCAUGUCCCUGUAUGCCGCUUUCUCCCUGCUCUACCAGCACCAUGAGUCCUUUAUCAGCUGGUUCCUGCACAUCAGCUUGGCCACGGUAUAUACACUGGAGUUUAUACAAAUGUGGCCACAGUUGCUUAUUAACCACAAACUACGCACGGUGGAUAUGCUUCCGUUGACUGCGUUCCUUUACCGCUUUUUGCUGACGUUUAUCGAUGACCUGUAUGCCCUGGUUGUGCCCAUGCCGUUGAUUGAACGUAUUGGAACUUUGCGCGACGAUGUUGUGUUCUUCGUCCUGUGCUACCAGUGGUUCAAGUUCCCCAAGAGGAAGACGCCAGCUGAAGUGGAUAUGGAAAAGAAGAAAGCCGAGUAGGUUGUUGGCUAUUUUUUUAUUUCGACAUUACAUUACUCACGUAUAUUUUUGGAAGUAAAAAACAUUGGCUGGG